UUGACAACCUAGACGUGUUGUUAUAUUUAUUCAGACUUCAGUUUUCCCAAACGUAACACAAGGCUGUGAAUUAGCUCCAUUUUAACUUGAAAAAGUUAACCAAAAUUGUUAAAUAUUUCCCUCGGAUACCGAAAGAAAAGUCGCCAAAAUGCCGCCGAAGCCAAAAAAGGAGAAAAAGGAUCCUAAUAAGGUCACCCAGGUGGACAGGACAUUCUAUGAGCUGACCAUCACGGAUCUCAAUCAGAAACUGGCCCGCCUGCGUUCCCAUAUGACCACCGUGGAUGAGUCCAACAUUGCUAUAACUGAGAAGCUACGCGAAAUAGAGGCCGAUGGUGUUGAUGUGGCAGCCCACUUGGAGCGCACCUUGGCGGAGAGGAACAACUCGAUUACCGAGCUGGAAGAACGCCUGGUGGAGAUUACCAAGGUCCGGGAUGAAGAGAAUAAGAUGGCGCAGGAAAAGAUUGGAGAUCUGGAGGCCAAAUACAAGGCCAUGCAUGACCAACUCACCUCCGAGAUUAAGCUGCUCAACGGCAAGCUAAACUCCCUCGAUGAGUUCCGCAUCCAGCGUGACGUCCUACUGGCCAAGUUCGAUGACCAGGAGGCGGAUCUUAAGGAGCGGGAAAAGGACCACAAGGAGGCGCUGUACAACAUGGAGCAGCGGGCAGUGGUCGAGAAAGAUGCCCUCAAGAAGGAGGUGGAACAGAAGCUGCUUCAAGUCUCCGAGGACUUUACACGCUCCAGCGAGAUCCGGAAUGCAGGCUACACACGUCGCCUGAUCCGUGAGAACAUCGCACUGCAGAAGGAGAUCGAUCUGCUGGUGAUGUCCCAGAUCAAACUACAGCAGUCCUACACCAACCAGAAGGCCAAGCACAAGGAGAUGGAGGAGCAGUACAGCGCCCUGGAUCAGAUCAAGAACGAGCUGGUUCGCAAUUCUGUGAACAAGAUAAAGAUCAUCGAGGGCCUGACCCACAACUACGAGAAGCUCAAGGCCAAAUACGUGGAGGGAUUGCGCUAUCGAAAGGCGUACGAGGCGCAUAUCCAGGCGAACAAGUGCGAGAAUGUGAAGCAGAAGGAUGCGUUCGCCAAGCUCCGGACUCUGGCCAAGCGCAUGGAGAUCGUAGAGCUGGAGAACCACAAACUGGGCGUUAUCCAUGAAAAGCACGAGAUCGAGAUAGCGCGCCUGCGCGGCGUCAUCCAGGAGAUCAAGUGCACGGUACGCGAUGCCAUUGUGGCGGAGGAGGCGGUCAAGGUCUUCCCCGAGCGUUUGGAGGAGGCCAAUGUCGAUGAGCCCGAAGUGAUCGAAGAGGUCCGGGAGGAGGCCGUGGCCGUCUGCAAGCUGAAGCGCAGCGAUCUCCUCUCCCAGCUGAUGACAAUCGUCAGCUCGCAUUCGGAUAAGCUGCCUAGGACACCGUCAGUUGUCUCUAUUGGCAGUGCCACCUCCUCAUUGUAUGCGCCCGGCAAGAUGGGCUUCAUGCCCAAGAAGGAGCGCGAGACUCCGUACGCCGCCUUUAAGAGCGAGGUCGUCGACCAGGAGCCGGAUCUGAGCAUUCCUGAGCACGUGCAGAAGCAGCGUAUGCUGGAUCGGGACGGUGCACUGCUACGUGGCGAAGGAAACACCAUUAUUGAUGUGGAGUUCGGUACUACGCUCUACGUCUCAUCAUCCCGCGAGGAAGAUAUCAUUGAGCAGGAGGAGGAGCCACUUGAGGAACCAGAGGGUUCCAGUAGCACCGUGUCCGUGAAAAAGUCCAGCAGCGAGGGCACAGCUCCUGCACCUGCCACCGCUGCGUUGGCUGCAUCUACCUCCGCCCACGAUGCCGCGGGUGUGCCUACCACCAUGGACACUGCAACCAGAUCUUCCAAGUUGGCGAUGCCGGGAGAGGAGGAGGGCGAGGAAGAAGGCGAGGAGGAGGAUUUUGAUGUCCAGUUUGUCUACUAGGACUUUAGGUGCUUUACGUUUCCCGUAAUUUCCUUUUCGUU